ACAGCUCAAGUCUCCACCUCUUCAUGGCAGUGACGGAGCGUGUCCACUUGUGACAGCUGAGCGGAUCGGAGGAGCGCCGCAGUGAGCGUGGUCAUGCAUCCCUUCGGCUGCGAGGCGGAGAUCCUGCAGGAGCUGUUUGAGUACUUUAAGAGAUGCCUGCAGCACGGGGAGUGGGAGCUGGCCAACGCCUGCGUCCCACAGCUGGUCAACUCCACGGGAGGAAUCUCAGAAAAACUGCGAGACAUAAUCAAAGCCAUCAUCAGCCAUCCCUACAGUUUAAAAUGGGAGUCUGUGGGCAGUCCUCACAACCUGGCUUGGUUUUGGCUUCAGGUUCUGGAGAAAUGGACAGAAGAGCAGGUUCCUCCGGACGUCAGGAGAGAGCUGGAGUUCCUGCUGCUCCUGGAGGAGCUCGGCUCAGAGAACAUACCAGAGACGGUGCUCAAGGAGUUGCACCGCGCCUUCCUGGACUCCCAGUCGGAGCAGAAGUCUCCGGAGGGUCAGAGGUCAACAGACGCUGCUGUCGAGUCCUGCCUGCAGACGUUACUGGAGAAGAAGAAGCCCAGACUCGCCCAGACCUUAGCACAUUUCCUCCAGGCCCAGUCUUCCUCAGAGGACCGCCCCCUGCAGCUCCCCUUCAUCCAACACCUGCUGAAGCAGCUGAGGAAACCGGAGAGCCGGCCGGAGAAGGUGGAGGAGUUCGUGGAGGACAUGUACGCCGUGUUGUCCGUGAUGCCGUGGAGCUCCAGUAGGGCAGGCGGGGGUCAGCUGGAGGCGCUGUGUGAGGCCCUGUGGGUGGCCAGAGACGGACCCCUAAAGGAGGAGAGGAUCCUGAGCUCGCUGCUCCGCCCUCAGGGGGAUGAUCUCGUCUCUGUUUACUGUUCCACCGCCCUGAGGCUUCAGAGGGAUCUCCUGCUGAGGAGCGCGCCUCAAACUCAAGUGGAGCUUCCCGAAGCGGAGAAGCUCGUCCUCAGUUUAUGUUGCCACAAGGAUCGUCCGUCCAUCUGGAAGACCAUCUACUUUGAGUGUCUUAGCAGUGGAAAGCACUACCUGGAGACGGUCUUGAUCACGGCUCUGGACCUGAUCAAACACGAGGAGUUUCCUGCUCUGAGGGAUUUACUGCAGCUGGAGUUUCAGCCUCUGUCCCGCCUGCUGUUGCUCCUGGGAUGGACGCAGUGCCGCAGCCUGAGCGCCGCCCAAACGCUGCUCCGUGUCCUGCACCGAGAGCAGGCUGCAGCCAAUGACUCCGUUCUGCAGGAGUUUUCCAACCUGUUGUCCUCCCAGCUUGGAGUUCUUGAAUGGUGCAAAAACAACAAUCCAGGGAUUUCCAUGGAGGCGUUGCUGGCUCAGCUUCACACUCUGGACCAUCACUCGGCUCUCUACAUCCUGCACUCUCUGACUCCUCUUCCUCAGUUUGAGGAGCACAGGAUACUGGAUCUGCUGCAGCAGCUGCCAAACUCACCUUCAUCAGAAGACGCUGAGGCUGUCAGUAAUCUGAGCUCCGGUGUGCAGAGGAACAUCGUUUUGUUCCAGGGGUUUUGUGCCAUGAAGUACGCCAUCUACGCUCUGUGUGUGAACGCACACACACACUCUCGUUGUGCGGAGUGUGAGUCCGUGCAGCAGCAGCAGCAGCAGCAGCCGUCUGACACAGAGACAGACAAACACCAAAGCCCUACUUCCUCCGACGGUCUUCCUCUCCUGUUCCAGCACUUCCUGUCCGAGUGUCAGCUCCACCUGCAGGCCGUUCCCUCCAUCUUCCGCCUGGAGCUCCUGGAGAACAUCUUCUCUCUUCUCUUCCUCUCCACCGCCGACUUCUCCCAGCAGAUCCAAAAGGACUCGAACUCGAGCCCUCACAAGGGGAAUGCAUCCCAGUCAGAAACAAGAAACACAGAAGAAGAGCUGGGCGCUAAAGAAAGGACGGAGGAGAUGGAGAACAGCAGGAAGCCGAAGUGUAGUCACCUGGAGCUGGGACACUUCAUCCAGGGCUGCAGGGGGUUUCUGGCUGACAUCACGGCCAUGACGGGCUUCCUGAAGCUGCUGAAGGACGGGCUGGAAGGCAUGAGCGUGGAGGAACGGAAGGAGGAGAUGGAGGGCCUCGGCUGCUCCGUGACAGCGGAGUCGUUCGCAGCUCGUCUGCAGAGAUUAUCCAAACGCACCGCCGAGGCUCAGUGGAGGCUGCAGAUCAUCAGCAGCAACCAGAGCAGCGGGAGCGGUUCGGACAGUCCUCUCUGGGUUUCAGCGCUCGGCUCUCCCCUCUUGCCACUGGGUCGCAGCAAGAGCUCCACUCUGAGGAGGAGGAGGAGAGCAAGGACACGAAGCUCUGCUGAGAAACACAAUGGGGAAGUGAGCCCCGGUGCAUCAGACGGUGGAGGGGGGCCAGAGUUGGAGGUUUGUCCGUGUGGAGGACCCCACAGCUGGCUGGUCCCCGCCAUGUUGUCGCCCCCAGAGUCUCUCCUCAUGUCGUGCAUCCGCAGAGGGAACUUCAUGGAGGCUCAUCAGGUGUCUCUGGUGUUCGAUCUGGGGGCGUCAGCCUGCAGUGGGGAGCUGGUAUUCAUGGAGCGCUACAAAGAGGUCCUGGUGGAGCUGGGCCGGGUGGAGCAGAAGAUGGAGAGCCGCUCCAUGUCUUCCUCCUCCUCUUCGUCAGAGGGUCUGGGCUCCGCAGCAGCAGCAGCAGCAGCAGCAGCGACGGCAGGAGGGAGGAGUCGGCUGGGCAGCAGUGGGAGAUCCACCCUGCAGGCCAUCGGGAGCGCUGCUGCUGCAGGCGUAGCUUUCUACUCCAUCUCAGACAUCGCGGACCGCCUCCUCAGCACCCCGGCUCACCCCAUGCCCUCCCUUGACGAGGGGUACUGGCUCACCUGCUCCUCCUCCUCGGACUCCUCCGGCCUCCUCCACUCCCUCCUGGAGGAGCUCAGCCCCCCCGCCAUGGCUGCCUUCGAUCUGGCCUGCUGCCACUGCCAGCUGUGGAAGACGUCCCGGCAGCUGCUGGACACGGCGGAGAGACGACUCAGCAGCAGCCUGGAGACCCGAGGAGUGAGAGUGGACACUAAGGCUCCCCAUGUUGAGGGGAUCCGUGGUUUUCCCCUGGUGCUGCAUCAGAUCAGCAAGAUCCUCAAUCAUCCCCCCACCAACAAGAGCUCUGGCAAAUCCGACGUCGGGGAGGAACCGGCGCACUCCGGCCCGUUCGGCUGCAGCGUGCACGAGGUGCUGCUGUGUUGUUUCCCGGCGCUGAGCGAGGAGUGCAUCGCCGCCCAACUCGCUCUGACGCAGCGCCUGGAGACGACGCUGAGCACCCUGAGCACGGCGACAGAGGGCACGGAGGGCAUUGUGGGUAGCGCUCUCCUGGCCCAGCUGGUGGAGCAGGCGGGACUGAAGCAGGCGGAGCUGGACGCUCAGCCGGUGCGCUGCAGCAUGAAGCAGCUGCUCCGCUCUCUGGACCAGCUGUGCCCCUUCGAGCCCGACGGAGACCCUGGCCGACCCGACUACGUGCGCAGCUUCCUCGACUACGUCAACACGCUGGCUUCUGUGCUGGUGCGCAGCCUCGGAGCAGAAGAUCAGAGCAGUGAGGUGAAGCUGGGGAAUCCUCUGCUGGUGUUGCUUCAGACCCCGUUCCAGCUGUUCUCCCACCUGCUGUUCGACAGACAGGUGUCUCCGGACAGAGUGCUGUCCUUGCUGCAGCAGGAGGGUCUGCGUCUGAGCGUCCAGCAGGUGAUCGUGCAGCGCUGCUGUGAGCCUCUUCCUGUGUGGGUCUCCAGCCCCAGGGAUGACUCCCACCCCCAGAACAAAGAUGGCGGAGUAUUUGGAGUCGCUAAUCUAUCUGUCCUGCUCCAGCUGCACGCUCAGGAGCACAUGUCCACUCUGGGAAUCACAGAAGCUCAGUCUGAUGCCAGCUCUGAGUCCGAUUCCUCAGUGGAAGAGCCCUCCUCUGCACCCACCAACCUCUCCACCUCUCCUCCUUCUUCAUCCUCCUCAUCCUCCUCUCCCUCCUCAAGCUCCUUCCUCCUGACACCGUCAGCCCUGUCAUUCCUUAAGACCCGCUCUCCAUUACUGGCUACCUUGGCGUGUCUGAGCGCCUGUAAAGGAGAAGCGGCUCGAUCGCAACCCUCCGGAUGGUCGGGUUAUUUCCGCAGCAGCCGGAAAGAAGCCAUGCUGGAUGGAGAGCAGAUUUCCCGGGAAGCAGACGCCCUCCUGAAGGAGUUCCCCAUCCUCCAGGCGUACCUCCACACCAUGGCUGAACCCCUGUUGGGCUCUUUGGGUGGUGAGGGUGAGGACGGCUCUGCAGGACUGGGGGCGGUUCUCUGUGGGAAGCCCCUGGUCAGUCUGCUGCUGUCGGGGCCUCAGGAGGAGGUCUCCCAGGCUCUGGCAGCUGAGGCCUUCCAGAAAGCUCUCUCCUCCAGAGACCUGAGCCGAGCCCUCAGCCUGCUGGAGCUGUACGGGACGAACUGCAGCCUGCAGGGGGUGCUGAGAGACCGUCUGCUGGCCUGCGCUGCUUUAGAAGAUGGAGAGGCAGGUGUAGGUCAGCUGUUCCGGGUGCAGGACGCAGGUCUGAGGGCUCGUGUCGCCCUGCAGGCUCUGCAGCACUGUUCUCUGUCCGCCUGUCUGGAGCUGCUCGACUUCUGCCUCAACGACCCCCACACCGAGGCAACGCUAAGGAAGGACCUGGAGUUCAAGAAGAAACAACUGGACAUCUAUAAAUGGAUGUUGGAUUUAAAGCCUCCUCUGCCGUGGGCGACCUGGCAGGAGCUGAAGACCGAGUCCAAGACAAACUCUGAGUCCAUUUUAUCUAAGAUGAUGGAGGCUAAAGAGUUUGCUCUGUGUGCGCAGUGGGUGGAGCUCUAUCCCGUCUCUGAUCAGCUGAGGCUGCAGCUUCAGACGGAGCAUUUGCUUCACCUGCUGGAGAAGGGACAGACGGAUGAAGCUUUCCAGUUACUGGAGGGCCUGUCAGACUUUGCGGUGGGUCUGGAUGUUUGUGAGCGCGCUCUGGACCUCCGCCCCGGUCUGCCUGCCUGUCACUUCCUGGCCGACUACCUGACUCUGCACUUCCAGAGGCAGGUGUCUCCGGCACGGCGACGCCACAUCCACGCCCUGCACCUGGGCUCUAAGGUGCUGCUGACGCUGCCCCCCGCCGCCCGGCAGGAUUACUUCCCGCUGCUGUCGGAGCCGCUGCUGAUGCUUGAGCAGCUGCUAAUGAACCUGAAGGUGGACUGGGCGGAGGUGGCGGUGCGAACGCUGCGCAGCCUCGUGGUCGGGCAGGAGGCCGGCUGCAGCUCGGAGGACAUCGAUAAACUCCUGGCAGAGUACGCCGGCAAGGCCCUCGACUUCUCCUGCGGUCCCAGAGAGAGGAGCCGAUCAGACUCUGUGAUCAGCCUGCAGGACGCUCUGAUGCAUUGUCCGGCUCAGGACAGCAGCUCCCUCUCAUCCAGCCAGCUUGAGUCUCCAACACCUUCCACAGCCAGCACCCCCACACACACGCUGUCCUCUAACAGCAGCGACAGGGAGAAGGACCGGAGCUCGGCGGGGAGGAAACGCCGCUCCUCUUCAAAGUUCCAGCCUCCAGAACACCCCCCCGCCCGGAGAGACUGGGUCCCAGACACCAAGCAGCUCAUGUGCAUGGUUUGCCAGAAGGAGAGGUUCACCAUGUUCAACAGACGGCAUCACUGUCGCCGCUGCGGCCGUCUGGUUUGUCACGCCUGCUCCGAGAACAGGAUGCUGGUGGCAGGAUGCCCAGGAGAGGAGGAGGUGCGGGUCUGUGACCAGUGCUACGCCUACUUUCACCCAGAUUCUGACGAUGAGAUGGAAGCAGCUGAAGACACAGGAAGCCCCGAGGUGACGGAGGAAACUUUGGACGGCAUGCUGCGUCUCCCCGAAGUGAUCCAACGGCAGAUCCACCUGAGCACCGACCCCGCAGAGAACCAGCUGCUGCGGGGCGAGUUCUACUACGAACAGGCUCCCAGUGCGUUCCUGUGCGUGGCGCUGCUGUCUCUGCACAGCGAUCAGACGGCGUGCGGCCAUCAGCUGAUCAGCCAGUGCCGCUCGCUGUCCCGUAAGCUGACCAACCCCGAGGUGGACGCCUGUCUGCUCACCGACAUCAUGAAGCAGCUGCUCUUCAGCGCCAAACUCAUGUUCGUCAAGGUGGGCCGCAGCCAGGACCUCGCGCUGUGCGACAGCUACAUCAGCAAAGUAGACGUGCUGAAGAUCCUGGUGACGGCCAACUACAAAGACAUCCCUUCGCUGGACGACAUCGUGGAGACGUCUGCCAUCUCUCGCCUGCGUCACCAGCUGCUGGAGGCCGAGCACUACCAGCUGGCCGUGGAGGUGUCGACUAAGAGCGGUCUGGAGACGGGGGGUGUGUGGCAGGCGUGGGGCAUGGCCUGUCUGAAGGCGGGAAACCUCUCCGGAGCCAGGGAGAAGUUUUCCCGCUUUCUGAAGGCUCCUGUGGACCGGAACCAGCUGAACAUGGGGCCCCUACUGCUGCAGGAGGUGGUGCAGCACCUGGAGAACAGCAGGCACUCGUCUCCGGGUGAGGACAUCCUGGCGUCCCUCAGGGAUCUGGAGGUGGCUCUGGGUGAGUCUGGAGGUCCGCCUGAUCGCAGCGAUUCCCCCCUGCAGAGCGGCGUCUGGCAGCAGGAGUGCCUCUUCUACCUGAACACCUUCGGGACUCACCUGGCGCUCAUCAGCUUCCACAUGAGACACGACCGCGUGACUGAGGCGCUCACCUACCUGCUCAACAAGGAGUGCCCGGACGAGGUCUUCCUGGAGGGUGUGUUGCAGCCCAGUCUGGAGAAAGGCCGCCUCGGCUCGCUGCAGAGCAUCAUGGAGAAACUGGACCCGGGUCUGGAGACCUGCAGCCGCUACCUCAUGGCCUCCUGCCAGUUCCUGCAGAGGAGGGGAUACUUCAACACGCUCUACCAGCUGCAGCAGUUCAUGACGGACCAUGUGCGUGCUGCCAUGACGUGCAUCCGGUUCUUCACUCAUGGAGCCACUUCCUACCUGCAGCUGGGGGAAAACCAGAGCUGGCUGGUCCGGGCCAAAGAGCACCUGAAGACGUUCCUGCAGGAGCAGCAGGGCCGCGGGGCCGGGAGGAGGAGGUCUCAGGUCAACACCUUCAGGAAGCUCAUGUCCUCCAGCGACGUCUCCAGACACAUGAACACCAUCGAGCUGCAGCUGGAGGUGACUCGCUUCCUGCACCGCUGUGAGAGCGCCAUCUCUCCCAGGUCCCCGCAGACGGCAACCUUCUCCCCCAAAUCUCCCGGAGCCAGCGCGCCCCCCACCCUGUUCGGAGGAAGCCCCAUGAAGGUGGAGGUCGCCUGCAAGGUGAUGCUCGGAGGGAAGAACAUCGAGGAGGGUUUCGGUAUCGCGUACAGAGUCAUACAGGACUUCCAGCUGGAGGCGCAGGCGGUGUACGUUCGCGCCGGGCAGCUGCUCGUCCGACAGCGGCAGUACGGCGCCGUGCGGCAACUGCUGAAAUGCGUCGGGGAAUCCGGCACCGCCACUAAGAGCGACUGCGACGCCCUGAUCCUCAGCUGCGUCUCCGUCGCCGACAAGAGCCCAGCCAACGCCAAGGAUCUGGAGAGUCUCAUUCUGGAGGCCAAGAGCACGGAGAGCAAGAUCAAAGCCUACCUGCUGUGCGGCAAGCUGCGCCCUGCCUACCUGCUGGCGGUGAAGCUGGAGGCGAGCCGGGCCGGUCCUCUGGUGCAGGACGUCCUGCAGGCUGCAGAGGGAGCGCAGGACUCGGUGAUGCAGAACAUCUGCAGCCAGUGGCUCUCCGAACACCACAGCAAGUCUGCCCAGCAGCGCCAGGCCCGGCCCAGCGCCAGGUAGAGGAGGAUUUACAAGGGAUCAUAAAGAAAGCACUUAAAAACUGAAGAGAGGAUCCAGGGUUUCUGACGUCAUCAGUUAUAGAAACGACUACUUUAUGUAACAGCUGUUGCACAUGUUACAUCCCAGUGCUGCAGUUUAUUAUAUUAAUUUAUAUACAGCACAUUUAAUGCCUUUUAAAGUCAACAUAUUGGGCGCAGGGGUCAACUAGAUUUGGUGUCUUUGCUCAAAUUCGACUUAAACCUGCAGAAGUUUAAAGGGACAGUUACACCAAAAUUCCUCUUACCUGAAGUGCUUCAUAUUACUCUAAAUAUCAUGUAGGAACUAUUAUGUCGACACCAUAAUCACCCCACAGAAAGAAGCGUGGGUAAAACAUGGAUUGUUUUUGUAACUGGGUCAUGAUUUCUGGACAUCACUGUGGAGGGUUCCAGUUCCUUUGGAUUCAAGGUACUAAGGUAUCAAAUGUAGAGAUGGGACUAGAUGGCAUUCAAACAAUAGAAAAUGACAGUAAUGUCGCUUUCCAAGAUGAUCCUCAGACGUUAUGUAAACCAAAACUAUCCAGACAAAAAAAGCACUCCAGGUGAGAGGUUAUUUAAAGGUGUACUGUCCCUUUAAAUCUCCCACUGCUCUGGAUCACUGUGAAACGAGGCGUGGUCACAGGUGAAACAAUCUGAUUUCCAGCCUGGAGCUGAGUUUCUCUUUGAGCAGAAACAUCUGACAAUCCCUUAAGCCCUGACACUGUCCAAUCACCACCGUGCUUUACUGCCACUCUGCUUUUCUCUCCCAUCUUCACACUGUUUGAGAAGGAACGAUGUGAAGGAUAUAUCUACGACUCAGUAUUCCACGAAGAUUCAUCUCCUACCUCAGCAAAAAGGGAAUAUCUUUCAGUGACUGGACGGCCUCUGACUAACUGUGUCUUCUGUUUCUGUUUGUGAAUUUACCCCACAAUGACAAAUGUCCUGACUUUAAACUGAACAUGUGGUGCUGUGUUUUUGUUUAUCCCCCUGAAGGUGUUUACUGUUACCUGGUGUUAUAUUGCACAUUUCAUGGCCAGCUUUCUUCCCUUUUGGUAAGAGGAAUGAAUAUUUCAUAUAUUUCUUGAGCAAGGAUUGGAUGCAGAAAGGGACCCACUUCAAGAUCGUGUUAUCAAUCAAAUUGAGUUCUCAAUCAUCUGGUUUUUAUUUCUCAUCUUCUGUGUACUGUUUUUUGUAAAAGUGUCUAAUUUUAAAUCAUGCUUUUCACUUUGUUCUCAUGUCUUACCUCCAUGAAUCCACAAUGAUUCCCUUACAGAGUCCAAUAAUGUGUAAAAAAAAGGGAUUUACUUUUUGCCAUAUGGUUCCUUUUGCUGUUCACUGUUGUUGUUUUCCCGCCCUGGCAGUCCAAAAGUCACCGUGUUUUUAUUGUUCAUUUACACGACAAUCACCACGUCGCAGACACUGCCUUUUCAAGGAUGCAAGAUUAUGGAUGUGAGAUUAAUUCCUGAUGAUAUGAUCUUUAUUCUUACCAAGACACGGUGUCGUUUCCCUCUGCUGCGCCAGACUGACGGAUGUUCCUGUGACAGUAAAUGUUAUCGUGUAGUUGCCGGCUAAGGGAUCCUGGAAGUGUUGAGCAGCCCAAGGUUUUAUGUUGGAAAUGUCUCCAGCAUUUAGAAGUGUGUUGGGCAAUUUGCACAAUUAGCAUACGUUGCAUUAAUUGGCAUUAUUCAGACGAUGGUUAAAAAAGGCCGAUGGAGAGGUAUCGAGGAUACUGAGUCCAUUUCUGACAUUUUCAGGAUCAAAAGUCUUUAAAUCGAUUCAAAUUCAGUUCACUGAGACUACAAAUAUGGCCACUUCCUAUUUAAAACUGACAUUUUUUAUCCUGAAACUGUCAGAAAUGGACUCUCAAUAUACACCAGAACCACUCCAAAAUUGUCCAACUCGGCCACUUGAACUAUUGUCUGCGUAUGUUCAUUAAUGCGUCUUGUGCUAAUUGCCCAACAAAUGUAAGUGAGCAUCUCCAACAUUUCUAACAGAAAACGUUGGAGUCCUCAACACUUCGGGGGUCACAGCAGGACUCUAUGAGCUGACAGACUAUUAAACAGCAAGAGGUGAAUGAAGGUGUUCGUGCACUCUGACUGUUGACUCAUCACUGCCGCACUUUAUGCUCAGUAAAGACACUUGUUUUGGUAAAAAAAAAAAGUCAAGAAUCUAAUUCAGCUUCUGCUUCGAUGAUGCACUGACGAUUAUGAAAUGGAAUUGAUUUCUUCAUCCCCUGUAAAGUAACAUGUUGUAAAGAUGAUAAUAAAAAUGUUCAAAAAUGUGGA